AUGGCUGGCGAAGGCGAGAGUCCAAGCAGCUCAGCCGAGCAAGAAGCUGAGACGGCAAACUCUGUCCCGCGCGGCAAGCGAGCGAGCAACGCGUUUCUUAACGAGUUGAAACGCAAGUCGGGAUAUGGCGUCGAAGGGGAAAUAUCGACUUCACCAACAGCGAAACGAUCUCGACGUCAUCGGUCUACGUCGCCCGCUGAUGCUGGCCUUCGUGAUGUGGUUGAUGAAACAACAGCACCAGUGUUGACAGAGGUCGGCCACGGAGCCUCGCCGCCGGCACGUAGUUUCAGUCUCGACGACGGCACGACUAUCGUCGGCGGUGAGGAUGGCCCGGAAGAACGCCGUGGUUUCUCAAACAUGCGGAAUCCAUUAGCGAGCGGACCAUCAAAGUUCCUCACGGAUGCAACAGGUAGAAGGAGAUGGCUGGGGCCUUCAUCAACUUGGGCAUACAGCCGACAGGUACUAAACAUGAUCCAGGGUCAUCUCGGCCAACACGAAUCUCCAGAGGUUCCUCUCAAUGUUGAUGCUGAAGCAUUCAAGUUGGACUGGCCCUCGUCUAGAGACAUCACCCCGCAAGUCACAGUUGACAUUCCCUCCCUAGACUAUGCUCUCUAUCUCACGAAUACGGUCAAGUUUCACCUCGGGCAGACAUACCAUCUCUUUGACGAGGAAAGCUUCAUGACUGGGCUUCACGAUCUCUACAGAACAGGACCGAAGCUGGAACCGACGGUAGAUUCCAGAUUGUGGUAUAUCCAAUUCCUCAUCAUCAUGGCUUUCGGGAAGGCUCUUUUAGUCCCUGGAAACCCAAAUCAGACCCCUCCUGGAAGUGGUUUGGUGACGAGGGCUCUCGAGCUGCUUCCUGAUGUUCAUGGACUAUAUCAAGACCCUGUGCUAUCCGUAGAGAUACUAUGCGGUCUUGCUCUAUACUUGCAGUCGGUAGACCACAGAAACAGUGCUUAUACCUACAUCGGUCAAGCAUUUCGGAUUGCCAUUUCGCAAGGGUUACAUCGAGAACCACUAAGAAACCAACUCAACGACAGCGAGGCUAACAGACUCCGCUGCGUCUGGUGGACCCUGUAUAUCUUAGACCGCAAAAUGUCAUCCCUUAUGGGCGCUCCCAAUUCGAUACAAGAUAGCGACAUCACCGUUCAACUGCCAAGAUCAGAUCCGGUUGUUCACAAGUAUAAGGCACUCGGAAUCCACGUUGUCCUGUCUCAGCUGCUUGCCAAGGUUUUGAAUACUGUAUACGGCGUAGACGGAAAACUCGAUCCUUCCUUUCUGAAGAGUGUCCAGGAAGUUUUAAGAGACAUGGCAAGGCUAGCACCUCAGCUUACGGCGGGGUUCGAGUUCAAGUUCAACAACUCUGAGCCUGCGUCCAGGGUUUCCGCUACGCUGAACUUAUGUUAUCACCAAUGUGUCGUUCUUGCCACACGCCCAAUCCUCAUGUGCCUCUUACAAGAUGUUCUAGGAAGGCGAGGAAAUUUGAACAGAGGCCUAGCGAGCCCAAUCAAAGCACUCUUGAAGACAUCAUCAGAUUCGGCAAACAAAUCGCUUCGGAUUCUGUCAACAUUACAGUCUCAGCACCUACUAGAAUCUUUCCUCCCCUUUGACUUGGAGCAGGCGUUCUCAUCAGCUUUCGUUCUUACUUUGAUGACCUCCAUGCCAAGUCUUUCCGAGCGAGAUAACCGCUAUAUGCAAACUACGACUGAUAUCCUUGAUACCAUGAUCGCGCGCGGUAACGUUGUGGCCCGGUGCCGGAAGGAAGAGCUCGAAAAGCUCCAAGAGAUGCUGUGUCUCGCUCAACGUCAGCUCCAUGCUCCACGGUCAGUUGCAGGUGACGGCAGCAGCGGUAUGCAGGCUGAGAAUCAGUCUUCACUGCGCAUAGACGCUGGUGACCUUUCAUUAUCAACCGAACAACCCACAGAAGCCGGCCCGGCUACUGGCAGCACAACAAAUGGGCUCGCUUCAGAACAAAUGCUGUCCAUAGCGGGCUUGCUCGAUUGGGAACCGAAUAUGGCCGCUUUCGACGACGAUCAGCUCGCGGGGAGUUGGUUAUGGACCGAGGCGAUUGCCCCGGAUUUUGAUUUUAGCGGGGGCUUGCUAUGA